AUUUAUUCUUACCUAUCCAGCCUGUGAAAAAGUAGCCAUAUUUUCACUUCUUCACUCUCCAAUCCUAUAUAUACACAUUCUUACACACCUUCAUUUCUCACAAAACAGAUUCUUCUUCUUCCUUUUCUGAUCACACCCUUUACUGAAAUAUGGCGAUCCAUCAUAGAUCUUCUCUUGUUUCGUGUUUUUCCAUCGUUUUCUUGGUGGGUUUUGCCUGGGCUUCGGAUAUGUCUAUCAUCGACUAUAAUGCUAAACACGGCAUGGAGGUCCCUUCUGAAGGCAGGACUGAGAAAGAGAUGAGAGCCAUGUACGAAUCAUGGCUCGUUCAUCAUGGUAAGGCGUACAACGCUCUGGGAGAGAAGGAGAAGCGAUUUGAGAUCUUUAAAGAUAAUUUGAAAUUUGUUGAUGAACACAAUAAGGAGAGCAGGACCUACAAACUUGGGAUGAACAAGUUUGCUGAUCUCACCAACGAGGAGUACAGAACCAUCUAUUUGGGUACCAAGAUGGAUCGGAAGGGAAAGCUAUCUCAGUCAAGGAAGAGUGAUCGGUACACCUUCCGAGUUGGCGAUUCGUUGCCCGAUUCCGUCGAUUGGAGGGCUAAAGGGGCUGUUGUACCUGUUAAAGAUCAGGGUCAAUGCGGGAGCUGCUGGGCUUUUUCAACUAUUGCUGCAGUUGAAGGGAUUAACAAGCUUGUAACCGGUGAUCUAAUCUCUUUGUCUGAGCAAGAAUUGGUGGAUUGUGAUACUUCUUACAACGAGGGCUGCAAUGGUGGUCUCAUGGACUACGCCUUCGAAUUUAUCAUCAACAAUGGUGGCAUUGAUUCUGAUGAGGAUUACCCUUACAAGGCUCGUGACGGUCAAUGUGAUACAUACAGGAAAAACGCCCAUGUUGUGACAAUCGAUAAUUAUGAAGAUGUUCCUCCCAAUGAUGAGAAAUCAUUGAUGAAGGCUGUUGCAAAUCAGCCUAUUGCUGUUGCCAUUGAAGCUGGUGGCAGAGCAUUCCAACUGUACCAAUCGGGUGUUUUCACUGGACUCUGCGGAACACAACUAGACCAUGGUGUGGCUGCAGUUGGAUACGGUACAGAAAACGGAAAAGAUUACUGGAUUGUGAGGAACUCUUGGGGAGACAGCUGGGGAGAGGCUGGAUACAUUAAGUUGGAGCGUAAUUUGGCUUCUGCUUCCACCGGUAAGUGUGGAAUCGCCAUAGAGCCCUCAUACCCCAUCAAGAACGGAGAUAACCCUCCUAAGCCUGAACCCUCUCCACCAACUCCACCUAUUAAGCCACCAACUGUUUGUGAUGACUACUACACAUGCCCUGUGGGAACCACUUGCUGCUGCAUCUACGAGUAUGGAAAAUACUGCUUCGCUUGGGGAUGCUGCCCUCUCGAGGGUGCAACCUGCUGUGAUGAUCACUACAGCUGCUGCCCUCAUGACUACCCAGUCUGCGAUCUUAACGCUGGAACUUGCCGCGUGGUAAGAGCAGAACUUCUUCACAGAGCUUUUUUGUUUUAUAGACACCAUGAAAGACAACACCUUCGUUGCAAACAUCUAAUGCUUUGUGAAAGUUGACUCUUUAGGCCAUUUUUUUUUUGUGCUAUUAUCUUGAAUUGUUUGCUUAUAUUAUAUAUUUGUUAUGAACAGAGCAAGAACAACCCAUUUGGAGUUAAGGCAUUGAAGCGAGCUCCCGCAACUCACCACGCUGCAACGACUAUCAGAGCUUAAGAAGAUUUGAGGUUCAAAUGGGAUGUGCGGGGGAGUAGAAAGAUUUCUUGCGAGAAAUGAUGGCUGACUUUUUAAACCCCCCACACCCAAUGAGAGGUUGCUAGCGAAGAAGUGAUUUGUUCUCAGAGAAGUAUCAGUUGAUUUUACUCUUUUAACUCUCCUCACAGCAAGAAUGGUUCAAUUGUCUUUAUAUUUAAUGGUGAUUGAUGUAGAUAAAUCAAAGUUAUUUACCAAACAGAAACGAUUGAAGUACUGUUUAACCAUUGAAUGGUCACCAUGAAUUGUAUAUAAUUGUGCCAAUGCUUAUUCCUCCUUUGAUUAUGGAUGUUGCUUGCAUUUUGUUUAUGAUGGAUGAAAAUUCCAUAUUCAAGAAUGCAAUUUAUAACUCAUGUGUAAAUGGUUUAUUUAUCAAUAAGUUAAUCAAAGCUUCAUUUGAAUA